UUAACAGCCUGUCAUUUAAAGCCAGCUGCUGUCACUGUUAAUUGUUUGAAACAACCCGUACAUGACUUCAGGAUGGUUGUGGACGACGUUCAGUUUCUGAGUAUACUCAAGGGAAAACGCGUGAAACUGACCCUGAAGUCUUCGUCUUACCUCGGCGUCGUUCAACGAAUCAACCCCAACAAAACAUUGAUUCUGGCAGACGUGAGUGGCAGUAAUGGCUGCAAGUUUCCUGGCUCAAAAAUGUUCUUCGGGCAUGAGAUCUUGAACGUGGAAUUUACCAAUGAAGCUAAAACUAACCCUGGAAAUAUCCAAGAGCACAGACUCGAGGAGCACUUGGAAGUGGAAAAGUUUCAGCCAUACAGGAAGAAAAUGGCAUCUGUAGAUGAUGAUGAAGACGAGGAGGAGUAUAUCAACUUUGAAGUGAUUGAUGAGUUUCAUGAGAAAUUUGGACCAGCUGUGAUGCAUAUCAAGAAGCAGCGUGUGAUUGGUGUGGGUGCUGAUGGCGUUGAGGUGUUUCAGCAUGGGAGGCUGUGCUGGCUGCAGAUUUCCACUAAAAACAAAGUCUACCUGUUUGAUAUCCUGGUUCUUGGAGCGCGGGCCUUUAAGAAUGGUCUUUCCAUGAUCCUGGAAAAUAAGCACAUACUGAAGGUCAUUCAUGACUGCAGGGCUGUUGCUGGAUGUCUGGUUUCUCAGUUUGGAGUAAAGCUUACCAAUGUCUUUGACACGCAGGUGGCAGAUGUCAUGAGCUUCUUGUCAGAGACGGGCGGUUUCCUCCCAGACAGAGUCAGUACUCUGCAGGAGGUGGUGAGUCUCCAUCUAAAAGUGCCCUCCUCCCAGCUUCUAUCACUUCAGAUGAAGUCACAGCUCACCAUGGAAGAAAGGGAGAUGUGGCAGAAGCGUCCCUGUCCUGUUCCCUUGCUGAAGGUGAUGGCUCUGUCAGUGAUCCAUCUUCAGCCUCUCAGACUGGUUCUGCUGGAUGCUCUCAUGACAGACUACGUGACCCUGGUGGAUUCAUACCUCAACAGCAGCCACUUCCAACCUGAUGAAUUAGAGCAUGUCAGCAUGGAGAGUGUGUUGGAGCUGCCCAAAGAGCUCAGGCAGUUUGAGCAGAUGCGUUGUGAGAAACAGGAAUGGGCUGCUCAUCACUACCCUGUCACUGAGAAAGGACUGCUGGCUCGCUUCAACCCCCGAGCUCAGCCUCCAUCCAAGACCUCAUCCGCAGUGGAGCAGCGCGGGCUGACGAAGGCCGGUUCCUUUGAACCUGAAACUGUGGAUUCACCUUCCUCAUCACCAGCAGACCUCCAUCCUACUAGCCCUCCAAGAGACACCAGAGUCCUGUCUGGGGAAUUCCCUGUCUCCUCUGUCCCAGCAACUCAAGUUCCAUUACAAGCUGCUGGAUCAGAUGUCUGCAAACCAAUUUCCCCAACUCAUGGUGCAGGACGAGGGCACAUGGAGGUGCUGAUGGACGCAAUGGGUAGAGGAAGGCCCUUUGCGAAAGACUCAUCAGUCUCGCCCUUGCCUGCUUUUGGGAGAGGGUUCCUUCUUCAGAUGUCACAAGCUCAGACCCCCAGAGAGAGCACAGGGGACAAAGAAGGGACAGCUCCUUUAAGCCCCAACCAUACGUUUACCAAAGAAUUGAUGACCGACCAUGGUCCCGGCCCUGCUAAGGACCCUGCAGCCUUGAGGACACCCCAGUCCCUCUCAUCUUCACCCAUGCAGUCAUUCAGGCCUUUCAGCUUUUAAAGUAAGCUAACUGAGGACAUGUCUUAAAAACGUUUCAGUUCCAUAGUUUGUGAUGUCACACUGUGGCCAGUAGGUGGCAGUAAAUGCUCUGUUUUGUGUAAGAGUUUGUUUGGUCAGUAAGUUGAUACUGAAAGUGUUGUGUUUUCAAUGAAGAAAGUGAAAUAAUUUAGCUUUAAUGUUAAAUUUCAGAUCAUUUAAAUACAAUUUUUAUUAGUUAUUAUGACACAAUGUAAAUUUGUUUGUUCCUUCGUUUUGUCACAUGUCAUAAGAAAUUUGCCUUAAAAUCCUUCUCGUUAUGAAAA